ACCAAAUGGGGAGAAAAUCUGCAGCUAAAGAGACUGAAGGGCAGGUGCUUGCUCAGCCGACCAUGUCGUUUCGUGCUCCGGCUUAGAGCAAAACGACAUGCCCGUUGCCCAGUCAUGUUCCAGCCUUGGGCUUUGAGUUAAAAAAAAAAGGAGCCCCAUUCUGUCUGAGAGAGAGAGAGAUGAGACUCUUCUGCACUUUAUUCUGUUCAAAUUCCAUGCUUUGGUGUAAGCUGUUUACGAGGCUGUGUUUCAAGAAAGAGAAAUAGUAGGCCCCCACCAGUCUUCUCUCUCUUUCCCCCUCUAUCUGUUAUUGGCAGCUUGUCUUGUUCUUAAGCUCCAAAAACUAAACUCGGUUAGAUUUCAAGUGUUGUCUCUCUCUGAUUAUUGAUUUCCCAACUUUACUUGGUUUUGGGUCUUUGUUAACACACAUAUACAUCUCAGCUAGCCGAAUGUUCACCAGUGGAGAAAGUUCUGAAAGAAUUCCCAAAAUCCGAAUGCAGAGAUACUGAAAUCUUCUUGCAAUUUGAGAAAAGUGAUGACCGCCCAUUUGUAGCUCGGGGAAAGGUUUUCAGAUUAUGAGGUUUAUUUUAUGUUUUUGCUGAUUCUAAGGAAAACUGGGGAGGAGUGGUAGGGGAAAAUAGAAGGAGAGCUGUAUGAAGAAAUAGGGAAACAAUGACUGAUGGGAGUACAAAGAAAAGCAAGUUCUCUUGGUCCAAGAAACUGGUUAGGAAGUGGUUCAACAUCAAGAGCAAAAUCGAACAGUUUCAGGCAGAUGAAGCUGUUUAUGGGGGUGGUGAUGUGGAAUGGGGAAACAGCUUCUCAGAGAGGGAGCCAUGUACUAUUAAAAAGAGCAGAACAGAAAAAAUAAGCAAGAGCUCGGACCGUGUCCGGCGGGGGAGAGUUGAUCUUGAUCAUCCUCAAAUUAUAAAUGUGCAGAACUAUAGCACGUUUGUGGCUACCUGGAAUGUAGGUGGAAAAUCACCAACGAGUAAUUUGAAUCUAGAUGAUUUUCUGCAUUCCUCACCUCCUGCAGACAUUUAUGUUCUUGGAUUUCAAGAAAUAGUUCCUUUGAAUGCCGGGAACAUUCUGGGUGCUGAGGACAAUGGCCCUGCCAAGAAGUGGCUUCAUCUAAUCCGAAAGACUCUAAACAAUCUUCCCGGAAGUAGUGGAGGAAGUGGCUGCUACACACCUUCUCCUACCCCAAAUCCCAUUGUAGAAUCAGAUGCAGACUUUGAGGGAUCAAUCAGGCAGAAGGCAUCCUUUUUCCCUCGUCGAUCAUUCCAGACACCGUGCAGCUGGAAGGAAAAUGACCCGUCAAUCUCACAGCCUCGCCUUGAUAGGCGAUACAGUGUAUGUGACCGGGUGAUCUUCGGUCAUAGGCCAAGUGACUACGACCCCAGUUUCAGAUGGGGUCCUAGGCCAAGUGACGCUUCCUGGAGUCACAGACCCAGUGACUCCUCCUGGGGUCAUAGACCAAGUGACUAUUCCUGGGGCCAGAGGCCAAGUGACUACUCAAGAUGGGGUUCGUCUGAUGAUGAUUAUGGGCCAGGUGAUUCACCUAGCACUGUGCUAUUUUCCCCGAUGUCUAAUGUUGCACCUGCACAAGUCGAAGAUGGACGCAGGGUGCAGGGGAAUUCAAGGUACUGUUUGGUCGCAAGUAAGCAAAUGGUAGGCAUUUUUCUCACGAUAUGGGUUAAGAGUGAUCUGAGGGAACAUGUUCGCAAUAUGAAAGUGUCUUGUGUUGGCAGAGGAUUGAUGGGUUACCUCGGAAAUAAGGGAUCGAUCUCUAUAAGCAUGUUGUUGCAUCAAACAAGCUUUUGCUUUGUCUGUAGUCAUUUGACCUCAGGGCAGAAGGAAGGCGAUGAGCUACGCAGGAAUGCCGAUGUGAUGGAAAUUCUGCGUAAGACAAGGUUCCCACGAGUCCAUGGUACGGCCGAUGAGAAGUCUCCAGAAACAAUCCUUCAACACGAUCGAGUUAUUUGGCUUGGAGAUCUGAAUUACCGGAUUGCCCUGUCUUACCGUUCUGCCAAGGCACUUGUUGAAAUGCAGAACUGGAGGGCAUUGUUAGAGAAUGACCAGCUGCGGCUAGAGCAGAGACAGGGUCGCGUUUUUCAUGAAUGGAAGGAAGGAAAGAUAUAUUUCCCACCAACGUACAAGUAUUCGAAUAACUCUGACAGAUACACGGGGGAUGACAUGCACCCAAAGGAAAAAAGGCGAACUCCCGCAUGGUGUGAUCGAAUUUUGUGGUAUGGAGGAGGGCUUCAACAAUUGUCCUAUGUUCGUGGAGAAUCAAGGUUCUCAGAUCAUAGACCAGUCUGUGGCAUGUUUUGGGCUGAGGUUGAGUCCUACCAGGGCCAGUUGAGGAAAACCACCAGUUCUUCUAGUUCCAGGAUUGAGGUGGAGGAGCUGUUACCAUACUCACACGUGCCAUACUCCCACGGAUAUACAGAACUCUGCUUUUUCUGAAGCGCAGAGAACUGAUUACUAUUACAUUUGAGCAGAAAUGGCUUUGAAUAAGUUCAGCCUUGGAGGAUGAUGGAGACUGUCCAUUGCUCACUAACCGAAAAACAUUGGUGUAUAUAUAAUUUUGCUGGCUAACUCCACAAGAAUCUUGACUCGGCAUAGUUAUGAUUACCAUUCAUUUGUUAGCAAACAGUAUACAAUUAUGAAUCACAAUUCAACUGCCUGACAAAGAAAUGCCCACUUUCAGUGUCUUAAAGUUCCCACAAGCAUUUGUUAGUCCACAUACCUUCAGGAUGAACUCAAAUCAAUGGAGCACUUCGAAGGGGGUAAAUCAGGAAUAUUUUAUUCAGAGAUUCUUUAUUUUUUUGAGAAAGCAAAAGACAAUGGUCAAAAUAAUCAUUUAUGUGCUGCCUUUUUGUUUUAAAUGAAUGGAUAAGCAAAGAACUGAUGUAUACUCAUUACAAGAGUGAUGAAAAAGAUACAAAUUGAAGGUACUAAGCAUCUUGUUGUUUGUUGUUUAGUUGCUCAAUGAUUUCACUGAAAAAGGUAGUUUUCUUGAUUGUCACACCAUGGGAAUUGCUUGCUUUUCUUUUUCUGUGAGGUGAAGAAAACCUCCAAAAGCAAAAGAACAAUAUAACAGAGACCUGUCAGGUUUGUUGGGAGGGAAGCCAUUAUUGAUAAACGUUCUUUUGCAGGGAUGUUAUUUCCACAUAAGACUUUUGCUUUUAGUACCAUUCUGAUAACUUUUUUUUUUUGUCUCUUAGAGGACCAAAACACAAGUCAGUAGUAUAUGCAGCACAGGCCCCAAAACAACUCUUUUCUGGUCAAGAAGAGGGUAAAAUUUGCACAUUGUAGAAGAAAAAUGAUAUAUUUUCAGAAUUUUUUUUUUACUAAAAAAAGGUUCUUAGAAUGAAAUGGCAGAGACAACUUUGUAAUUAUGAGUCAAAACGGAGAUCUUCUGUUCUAUCAGAUUGCCCAUUUCAAAACUUUGGAUGGAGAAUGUGAAUGUUGAAAAUGACAAUCACUUGAUGUAAAUGGAUUCCAUUUAGCCAAGUUGCUGUAACAUGAUCAAAUGCAUGUUUAACAAGGCAUGGCAAAAGGCUUACUCCCCUGGCUUGUGCCAAAUUUAACUAGAGGGGGAGAAACGAUGGCAAAGAGUUGCAGCACUGGAGGGAACUUGGAGCCAAUGAGAUGGGAAGAAAAGACUAUCUAUGAUGCACCUCCCAUGGUGAUCAUCAUCAGCCUGCAAAUUCAAGUUUUACUCGAAUCUGGGAAUGGCUUGUUUCUUCCUCAGUUGAAAGCCAAACUCUCGAAGGGGCUGUCCUUCCUUCACUCUGGUCACUGCCAGAGCUGGUAUCAGAGAAGGUUUUCUAACUGUCUCGUCCGCGGCAAUCUGCAUCUCUCUGCAUUCUGGGGA